GUGCUUCUUUGUGCGCGCGCGUGUGGCCAUGCUCUAAUGCGCAGCAGAUGCACAUUUGGAGAGAGAUGGAGGCUUCGCUCCCACAACAUCCGCGGAGGAAUUAUUAAAUUUUCAAUUCAGGUGAAGCCUCUCACCGACCGUCGUGGCGGCGGGAUAUGGAGGAAUGUGAGUCCGGCAUGACGGAGGAGAAGGGCGGCUGCACCUGAAGCGCAGGAGCGACUCUCAUCUCCGUGGGAAUGGAUACCAACGCUUUCCCGGUGUGCCUCUUCCUGCUGUGCCUGAAUGUGUUUCCAUCUUCCCCGGCGAUGAACUCGUGUCUGGAGCGCUGCGAGUGCCAUCAUCCGCAGAGCGCCAUGUGCGCGAACCGAGGGCUGCGCGCGGUGCCACAGCCCGCAGCGGAGGCGCCUGACGACACGCUGGCCUUAAACCUCGGAGGAAACUUCAUCACCAACAUCUCUGAUCAUGAUUUCACGCGGUACAGUAACCUCACACGACUAAAUUUACAGUACAACCAGGUGGGAAGGGUUCAUCCAAAGGCUUUUGAGAAACUGACCAGGUUGGAGGAGCUUUAUCUGGGACACAAUCUCCUCACAGCGGUGCCAGCUGGGACCUUACAGCCCCUGAAGAAACUAACUGUUCUCUAUGGAAACAACAAUGCCAUCAAGAAAAUCUCCCCAGACCUGUUUAGCGACUUGCACAAUCUGGUUAAAUUGCGUCUGGAUGGCAACUUGCUAGAAGUCCUGCAGGACUCUGUUUUUCAAAGUUUGACCAGUCUCCAUUUUCUGCACUUGGAGCACAACAAAGUGCAGCACAUCCACAGGAACGCCUUCUCCAAACUGACCAGCCUGCGCUAUCUAAACCUGGCCCACAACAAGCAGUCCGGCCUGCCUAACAUCCUCACAUUCUCCCACCUCAGAGCUCUCACCACUCUGCUGCUGUCUGAAAAUGAAAUCCAAUACAUUGGAAGCCAUGUCUUCCAAAACCUGCAAAAGCUAUUGAAGCUUUCCCUGAGCAACAACAGAAUCUCUCAGAUGGACAGCGGAGCCUUGAAGGGCCUGCUGAGCCUCAGGGAGCUUCUGAUUGACGGCAACGACUUGGCGGAAAUCCCUGCUGGUCUUCUGGACCCUUUGAAGCGCGUGGAGGAGCUGGACUUCAGCAGCAACAGGAUUUCCCACGUAGAUCCUUUGGCCUUUUCCAAACUGAAGCACUUAAAAGUGUUGAAGCUCAAGAACAACCUCCUCAGAAGUCUGUCUGGGGGCACUUUUGCCCUCAACAACGUACUGUUGGACUUGGAUCUCCAGGGCAACAACUGGACGUGUGACUGCCGUCUGGAUGAGCUGAAGAGGUGGAUGGCCGCUGUGCAAUCUCAGGGUAAACUUUUGGCUGUUUUUGUGCAAUGUCGUUACCCGGCAACUCUGAGGGGGAAGUAUUUGGACUAUGUGAACAGCUCCCAGCUGCAGUCCCUCGGGAGCCCAAGACAUUUGUGCAGAAGUGGAGUUGGGCCAGAGGAGAGCCGGGGAGGGGGCGUCGUUUUGAGAGGAGGGUUGGAUGGAGCGAUGGUUGGAGAAUGGAGAGGAGGAAGAGAGAGUCGGCUAAAUAAAACAGAAAUUGGGGAAAAUCGGAGACAAUGGAGAAGGGAUGGAGUGAUGAGGACAAGGGAGGAGGAGGAGGAGAGAGGAAUCCAAGGAAGAGGCUUUGAGAUGACAGAAAACUCAUCAGGAAAGAAGCCAAACAGAGACUCAAAACGUGGCAAAUUAAAGUCUCCUUCCACAGUAGACCCCGGCCUCUUCACCUCCGUCCCACCAGGAGGAACGUUUGACCUUCUACGAUCAGGUCGGCAUGAAAUUGCAGAUCCAUGUGUGUUCAAUCACCAUGUCAUCUUCAACGUGUCAGUGGCACACGUCACGUCUAGUACUGUCACUGUCCUUUGGAGCACCAAAGAUCAUCAUCAACAAACAACCGGGACGAGCCAAGAAGUCCACUUCCGAAUUAUGUUUGACAGAUUCGGCACGGCGGAUCGCUUUCCCCGAUACGUGUACACGCAAGGAGCGGCUCGCUCUGUGACCCUACGAGAGCUAAGCGCAGGAGUCACCUACAUGGUUUGCGUGGAAGGCGUAGUCGGAGGGUCGGUGUGCCGAGUCGCACCGCGGGACCACUGUGCCGGACUGGUCACUCUCUCCGAGGGGGUGAACCUGGGAGCCACGGCAACGCCUGAUCUCCAGCUGGUGACGCUGGCGACGCUGGCGGGGAACGCUCUGCUGCUGCUGGUCAUCGGCGGGGUCUGGCUGGGCCGCCUCCUCAGGAGGAGGCUGCAGAGGAGGAAGUCCGCCGUCCACGUGCGCCACAUGUAUUCAACCAGGAGGCCGUUCCGUCCCGGCGUGGCAACGGCCUCCGUUUCCGCCGACUUCACCACCUACCAGAGCAGCCGAGCGGCGCGGCUUUCUCCGAUCGAGGAAGGGGAUCUCAUGGAGUUCCCCUUCCUCGACAGCUGCCACAGAGGCAGCGACAUGCAGAGAUUCUCCGAUUGAAACAAAGAACUCUCACCAAACUUUUGACUGUGGCAGCAAUAACACACAAUAGCAGAACAGCUGAACUCAUGAAGGUCUUUUCAGACUCCAGAGGAAGUGCAAUCUCCCUGACUUCCCUUUCCUGCUUUGUUCCUUUUCCUCUUUCAUUUCCUCGCACCUGCAGGGGUUUUGAAAAUAAAUGUUCAUAAGUGAUGUACCACUGAUUUCAACUAUGGUGCUAGUACUGAAUCCACAGACAUCAUAUUGUCUAGUAUUUUAGUAAAAAGUCACGAUGGCUGCUGGUUGGCAGGAAAACAAAUGUUUGUAACACGUUUUAUUUUAUACUUUUGUACGGAGUUUUGUAUCAUUUCGGAAACAAGUAAAAU